AUGUAUCCGAGGUUACAAAUGGACGACAUUCGAAGGGAUGCUGCGCCGCUUCGGAUUCCCAUAUCGCUAUCGAGAAGUCGUGGAACAGAAAAAGGCAGGGUGAAAGAGUGUCAGGCGGGUGGGACAGGCACUUUCAUAGAGGCAAAGGAGAGGCAAUCGCGGUCUCGCAGUCAAUUAGAGGCUGUUAAGAGGAUACUGAACAAGCGGCUUAACAGCUGCUUUGCUGCUAAGCUGUCUAGAUCCGGCAUCAAACCGCCGAUCACCAUCUUGAAUUGUAUCUUCGCCCGUCAAUUGUGCUACGAUGAUCCGUCGUGCAGUGCCAUUUUGGAGAUUAUACCGAGGGUUUGCGGUCCGGAAUUAGUGGCCUGCUCGACGGUGACGGUGACUAAGUGUCAAGCGGCUCUGCGCACUCUGCAGGGUUUCCCUUUCUUCAAACCGACAUGCCUCUGCAGGGAGCCGCAUGUCGAUCCGGACUGCAACAGCUUCCUGAACUUCGUAUUUGACCAUCCAUGUAGCGUGGUAGAAUGGAAAGACAACAAUCCGUAUCCAGAGCCGGAAUUGCUGACAUGUAAUCAUGCACUCAACACGUGUACACAUCAGAAGCAUUGCAAUCAGGUGUUCAAGGACUUUAAGAACAAUUGCAAGGUUCAAGUCGAUCAGUGCAAGAUGGAAAAUCGAGAAGCUUGUUACGAGUCCUGGAUGCAGCUGCGAGUAUCGCCGAUGUUCGGUUGUAUCUGUCCGCACAAUCACAUAAAAAAACGAUGUGACAAGAUCUUCUCGUUGGUGAAUCGCAAUCCCUGCGUUGUGAAGGUCAUCGCCCAUCCCGACAAUUCAACCAGCUACGAAUUGGUCGAGUCGACGUUGGAGAAUCCAUUGAUCGAUCCCAAGCAUCGGGAUUUGCUCACUAUGAAGAUUUCUAUUCCGGGCGGCCCGUUUCGCAAGAAAAAUCAGUCGGACGAAG